GUUGUUGACUAAACUUUUUUCACUCUCUACAUUCAAUAACAAUUGUGAACAAAUGACAAAAAAUUGAUUUUUAACAUUCUUAGAAAAUGGCAGACAAUCUUGCUGCCCAAUUAUGUCUUCUUUUAGAACAAAGCAACAUCUCGGCAAUACAAUGGAAAUUAUUAGGACAAGAGAAAGAUGGUUCGAUUUUAUUAGGAUGGGUAGAAGAAAUUCCGUCAAAUAACGAAUUCAAGUCUUAUUCUGUGAUAGGUCGAUACGACCGAUUAAACAAUAAACUACAGGUUUUACACAAAUUCCCCGAGGUAAUUAAUCUUAUACAAGCGACUAUAAAUCAAAGUCAUUCGCUAUUAGGAUACAUAACGAAAAAUAUUUCCGAAAAGAGUAAAGAAUGUUGUCCUCAGGGUACGUCAAAAAUUAUAGACAGUGAAACAAAAGAAAUUGUCGAAAUUAGUGAAAAAGGUGCACAAGAAAAUUCACAAGUUGACAAUAAAAAAGUAAAUGAAAGUUUAGAUGAAAAUAAACAAGUUCCAACUGAAAGUUCAAAACUUGAUAAUCAAGAAACGAAGGAAAAUUUUAAUGAUUGUGAUAAUGAAGGGAAAAAAAAUAAAGAAACACACACAAACAAUAAUGAAACUACUUCUGAAUCGGAAGUGUAUCAAGCAUUUCUUCUCGAAUUUACAAAUAAAGAAGAAAAGAAAAUUCAUACUUUAGAAGCGGAAAAAACGAAACAAAUACGAAUUCAAUUUUUAUAUCGUGAGAAAGAUCAACGAACAAUGGAAAAAUUUGUAUUGCUCGUUCAUCAAGAAUAUAUUCAAAUGUACACUGUUGCGAUUGAUGUAUUGGAGAACGAGGAACAAUUAGUAAAUGAAUUAAGAUCAGAAAUAUUGGUGAAAAAUUUUUUAUGGGCACAAUGGGACUCGACGAAUCAGGUUUUGUAUCAUAUUCACGAAAGAAAACCUGCGGUGAGUUUGUUCACUGACAUGAGUCCUGGAGUUCUACCUAAACCAUCAAAUUCCUCACCAACGCUCAGCGGAUUUCAAUUUCACGAUGAUCUUCCUCACGAGACGGUGUUGAACAUUCCACUGAAUCUACCUCAGCUUCCCGAUGCGGACAACUGUGGAACCUAUGAAGAUGAUGUGAUUCCAUUGCGCGUUCACGAUUGCUCUCUGGAUCUCAUUGUAAUAUCAGAUUCAAAAGGAAUGGUUUGCGUCUGUCAUCAUUAUCUCUAUCGUCCAAUAAAGCCACCGCAACACGUUCUCGAUUCAGCACUGAGCGACUCGAAUACAGUUCACUUCGCAUAUUCCAUAACACUUCUUCAUCACAGUUGUGUAAUUCAUUGUGUAAUUCCGGGAAUUCCUUGGAGUCGUGCAAAACUCAUGAGACCAACAUUUGCCCUCUAUGGAAAUCAUCACAUGAUUGUCUUCGUGCAAAAUUCCUUCACUCAUCUCCUCGAAAUUGGUCUUCAUCAUCAGCCCUGUUGUCAUAUUUUAUGCGGUCCUCUACCAACAGUACCCACAGAAUCGUCCUAUCUCGUUCCACUAUUAAAUCUCCAGGAGUCAAGCAAGGAAAAUAAUUCCCUCUCAAAAUGCUCGUCGGACAUAUUCACCAUCGAUCUUCCAACAUUAAAUCUCGUCAAUCUAACAAUACCGAUGAAAUUUUUAAUCGAAACAUUCACGAACGAAAAGUCGAUUGACGUACGCCUGGCGAUUUUACAUUAUUUCUUUUGUCAUCGUAACGAUUUGGAUAUUGUUUCGGAAUUAAUUUCAAUAGCGGCGGAGAAGCCGCGUUCACUUGAUUUGGCAAAAAUUUUACAAGAAUUUUUAAUAAGCGGCUCAAAUACAUUGGUGCAGAAAAAUUUACUUGUUGAUACAAUGCCAUUGUUGGCAUUGUUACCUGUCACUACAUUGGAGGAGUGCGCUGAAUUGGAUGCGAAAAUUAAUGAUCUCAAUGUGAGUUUGACGCAUGAAAAACUUUGGAAUACUUCUGUGAUGUUAUUGUCACCUCAACAGAGAUUAGUGCCAUACAGAAGUGAUUUGUGGACAAAAUUGUGGGAUCAAUUGAGUAAACGAAAUGGAGAUUUACCACGAUUUAAACCGAGUAAAGUUGCUGAAAAAUUACUCAUGUCUUUGGCUUGCUAUCAACCGGAAGCUUUGUCAAGAUCCAGUACGCCAAUGUCACCAAGUGGAGGUCUUCCAGUGACUUCGGCAACACUCGGAGAAUUAAUGGGCAGUCGAUCUCAUAAAUAUUUUGAAUCGAAUCUCCCAUUUAUUGAGAUGGAGAGUUGUACAGCAUCGAAACAGGAGCACAUUGUGGCGGUUAAUUUAAGAGAAUUAUCAAUGUUUCUAUUGAAACAUGGCACACAGUCGUCGACGAAGAAUUUUCAAGGCAGUUGCACACCAUUGCACGUUCAUGCAAUGUCUUCAAAACAUGUUAGCGCUCAAUUGGAAACUUCACGCCUUUUAUGUCAAAUGUUGUGCAAAACUGCAAAUGUUGAUUCAAGAUUAGAACAAGAACGUGGCUUUUCACUUGUAGAUAAAUUAGACGAAGCAAGACGAUGGUGGCUUUUUACGUUACUGGAACGUUAUAAAUAUGCAACUGAAAGUAUUGCGUUUCCUGUACCUCAAGGAUUCACUUCAUUCUUCACUUAUUUGGGAUAUAGAACAUUGAAAUAUUCAAUGUUUCUGCAAUACGUGAAACAUUCCGCUUUUGAAUUACAAGUAGACGUGGCGAAAAUCAUUAUGGCUGAUGUGAGUGACACGAAGGAAAAUAUUCCACGAAAAUUGCAACUAUUAUCAUUGCUGCCAAGAUCUCGAGCAAAACGUUUAUUAAAUCAGUGGCUGCAUCCAAUUAGUCUCAUGUUAAGAGCAAGGGAACACGCGACAAAUAUUUUGUCUGGUGAAAUUUGUCCAAAUCGAAGUAGGCAACAACAACAUCGACAUCCUCACAGUGGAGUUUCCGCUUUUCCUUCUGCUAAUCGAUUAUCUCCUUUGGACACUUUUCUAGAUUUACUUACGGCGAAAGCAAGCCUCACGGAAUUAGAUUUUGGUUUAUUGAACGAAGCAACUGUGACAUCAAUCGAAGAUUUCAUCUGAUCUCAUGGAAUCUAAGUUUUAUUUUCUUUUUUAUUUGCAUUUAACGUUUCCUAAAAAAAAAGGAAAAAUUUCUUGAUCUCAAAAGGUAAGAGUCUAUUUCAAUUUUCUCAUUAACUGUGAUUCGCAGUUAUUUUCGUUUGUAGUGUAAAGAAAAUCAUUCAACGUUCUAAAGUACAAUUCGUUAUUUUUUUAAAUGAAUCUAAUUUAUUAAUCUUAUCUAAUCCAAUUGAGAUCAAUUUGUAGUUUGGCCUUCAAAUUAAUUUUGAUUAUUAUUUUUUUUAUUUUCAAUUUUUAUACAUUUUU